AUGAAGAACUUGUCGCUCAACUUGGCGCUUAGUCGCCCCCACGGCGGCGCUCACGGCGCCGACGAUACCUCAAUCAAGACGCCAAUAGUGGCGCUGACCCCGACCCACCCACCAGCAGUCACGGCCCAUUUAAACCAUUCAAACGAUCUGCUAACCCUCAAACCAAAACGACCCGCGGCGGCGCUGGCGCCUCCUCCUGCUUCGUCUUCACUCCUGGCACUACUACCACCGCCGCCGCGCGUGACCAGCGCCAGCGCUAACGGCGCCAUCCCUACAUCUAAUACUACCGCGGCGCCACGAUUAUCGUCAUCGCCGCCAUUGGCGCCGCCGCCGGGGCUGCCACGAGCGGUGCCCUCUUUAACCCAGUUGCGCUCGCCUGUGAUAUUCCUGGCGCCGGAAGCGCUGGUAGCGGUGCUGCCGCGUUCGCUCACGGUGCUGCCCCUCGACACUCCCCCCAUGCCGCUGACAGCCGCGCCGCAUAAACGCUUUCUGACGGUGCUGCUGGAACCGCUGCAGCUGAUCUUCUCCGACGACCUCGACCGCCACCCGCUGGUGCUCACUCAUCGGGUUCUCGAUGCGGAUGAUGGCGACGGCGAUGACUAUUACCGCCACUACAGCGGCAAGCGCGCCCCGCGCCCGGCGCCACUACUAGCGCCGGCGCUGGAUAUACCCCCCGCCGUCCCCGAAAAGACCAACGAGGCGCUUUUACGCAAGCGCACCGUCCACAAGAAGCACCAGCUGAACCAGCUCCGCGACUCCAAUGUGACGUUGGAACAAUUGGCGCUGGCGGCGAAACAGCAAGACGCGCGCCUGGCGCUCGCGUUGGCGGCGCCCCCGGCGCCCUCAGCGCCCUCAUCAGCGUCGUCAGCGCCGUCGGCGCCCAGCGAGCGCCGGCGGCGAGCGCGAUUACUGCCGCUGGAACUUAAUGCCAAGGCGCUCCCGCCGUUACCCAGCGACGCCGCAUCCGGUGCUCCCGCCGCCACAUCAGACGCUCCCGCUCCCGCAGCAUCAGCUCCGGCACCGGCACCGGCCACCACUCCUGAGUUGUCCCAAGGGACCAUAACCACGACCCUCCUCACCCCGAACUCCCGGUCACUGCUGCUGGCGCUGCUGGUAGCUCAUACCACCACCGUCACCUACGUCCCCUACGCCAAACUCCCCGAAGAGCUUCAAGAACAGAACGGCGUCAACGCCUACGCCGACGGACCGCGCAGUGUCCUCAAUAACCGCAUUUUCUUAUUUCUGGAUCCUCAGCUGCUGGCGGUGAAAGUCGAUAUAAACGACUACGAUCUCGUGGUCAACGUCGCCAAGGAGUGUCCUGAUCUUACCCCGCAGUUUAUUAGUCGGUCGGGGGCAGAAUAUGUCUAUAUCCCCUGGCAACACACGCUGGCGAUCUCGCAGCUGCUCCCGCUGAUUGUGGCGAAAAUGGCUCAGUAUUAUGACAAUGGUAAGCGCAUCUUGGUGCAUUGCCAGUGCGGGGUGCUGAGACUGGCGUGUGUCAUUGUCGCGUUCUUUAUGCUGCGAUUUUCACUUGGAGUCAACCAGGCGUAUGAUCUUUUGAAACAGGGGACUAAAGGGGUUACCAACCCGCUGGUGGUGGCUGCCGUUACCGAUAAGGGUAACGUGAUUGAGUCCUGUGACCGCAUCUGUCCCAAUAUGCUGUUGAUCUUCGAAUUGAUGGAAUACGGCGACUCCCUUAAACGGACAUAA